UCUCAGAAGCUGGGCACUCCGCACCGGUGCUCCCGCCGCGCGGUUGGACUCUAUAUAUACCGUCCCCCGUCUCCCCAUCUCCAGUUUAAAAUUUAAAGAACCAAGCCCCCCUUCCCCCAUGCAGAGAGGGAGAGAGGGAUCGUGGUCGUCUCCUGGCAAUUUGCUCGUUUCUUUGCUGUAAAUUUGAUCUGAGAUCUCUUGGAAUUCGAUUCUUUUACGGGUAGAUUGGAUCUGAGAAGCAAUCGAUCGAAGCGGUCACAUCCGAUCUCUCAUUUGCCGCCGCUGCUGGAUAGACAUUUAUUCGUAAUCGAUCUCCAAGUUCGUUCCCAACGCAGCGGUGGGCAUCGCUCUUGCAGGCAGGUGAUGGAUGUCUUGCACAAGCGCAUGAAAUUGACGGAGGAGGCCGGAGGCGAGAAGGGAGGCGGAGAGGUGGCCGUGGACGAGACGACGAACAUGGCGGCGGUGGCGGGAUCGGAAGAGAUGGAGCUCAACAUCCAACGCAUCUUGGAAAAGAUCGACCACUUCACCCAGCAGGUUUCUGACUUGCUAGAAGCGGUGAGGACAUUAUUCAAAGAUCUGAGCAAUGAAUUCGAAGAGCGUUUGAUCGCAGUGCACAGGGAGCAGAUGGACAAGUGGCAGGAGGAGAUCAACGAGCUGCGCUUGCAAGAUGCAUCGAACGAGGCAGCCCGAACUCUCCUGCAGAACGCUCAGGAUCAUCUUCUUCAGAACGUCCGUGAGGACUCUUGAGGUGCGGGCAUACGCAACAGAAAACCUUUACCUUCUAGGUGGUUUUGCUUACUCUGCAACCGGCUUUUUACCAUGGAGGUGCAACCAACCCAAAAAGCAUUCCAAUCCUCCUGCUACUCCAUCAGACGCUCGCAGCAAUUUACAUGCACGGGAACCCCAUGAAUUGAGCGGUUUCCUGCUAUAGUAUGGUUGAGACUAAAACAAAUGUAGCACAAAAAAUAACUGAGUUUUUGAGAGUCCAUCUAUCAUGGAAUAUAAUAUGCUCUAUUUGCAGAUAUACUUGCAAAACUGAAAUUCAGGACUUCUACGGAAGAAAAGGAA